GCCGCGGGUGUUCCCCUCGCUGGCGUCCGGGCUGCGGGUCGCCCGCCGAAGGACUCGGGCCGCUUUGGUCUGAGGACGUGGUAAGCCCGCACCCCGAGCCCCUGACCCCUGAGAAACUCGUAUCUAGGGGAGUCAGCCCAGCACCCCUUUUUGUCGCGAGCAUAGGGGAGUCCAAGGUGGUGGCCUCUUUGAGGGUCAAAUACAACGGUUGCCGAGGCAAGGUCGUAUUCAAGUUUGGGGCGAGGAGUCUUGCCUCUUCAUUCUUUUCUCUCUGUGGAACCAAAAACCUCGGUAAAUUUGCCUCUGACCUUCGAAACUGACACCUUAGCUUCUUGGACUUCCCUUUGCAGUGUGACAGUCCUAGCUGAGCAGUUACUUCCCCUGAGGGACUGAUAAGCCUUUGACAAAGAUAGAUAACCCCGGAGGUGCCAGAGUGUGCCACUUAGAUCAACACCUUCAGCGUCCUAGCAUGGAAAAUUCCCAGAAGACAGAAGUGGUUCUCCUUGCCUGUGGCUCCUUUAACCCAAUCACCAACAUGCACCUCAGGUUGUUUGAGCUGGCCAAGGACCACAUGAACGCAACAGGAAAAUAUAGAGUUAUCAAAGGCAUCAUUUCUCCUGUUGGCGACGCCUAUAAGAAGAAAGGUCUCAUCUCUGCCCAUCACCGAGUGAUCAUGGCACAACUUGCCACCAAGAAUUCCAGCUGGGUGGAAGUGGAUACCUGGGAGAGUCUGCAGAAGGAGUGGGUAGAGACUGCGAAGGUGCUCAGACACCACCAGGAGAAGAUGGAGGCUAGCGGCUGUGAGCAGCAGGACUCCCCUGUGCUGGAGAGGCCUGGCCGGAAGAGGAAGUGGGCUGAACAAAGAUCAGAAUUUAGUCAGAAGAAGCCCCUAGAGCCACAGAGAAAAGAGAUGCCCAAGGUCAAGCUGCUGUGCGGGGCAGAUCUGCUGGAGUCCUUCGGUGUCCCCGACCUAUGGAAGCGCGAGGACAUCGCCAACAUCGUGGGGGACUACGGGCUCGUGUGCAUCACCCGGGCUGGAAACGAUGCUCAGAGAUUCAUCUACGAGUCGGAUGUGCUGUGGAGACACCAGGCCAACAUUCACCUGGUCAACGAAUGGAUCACCAACGACAUCUCGUCCACGAAGAUCCGGCGAGCCCUGCGAAGGAGCCAGAGCAUUCGCUACUUGGUGCCAGAUCUCGUCCAAGAAUACAUCGAGAAGCAUAAUUUGUACAGCGCCGAGAGCGAGGAGAGGAACGUCGGGGUCAUCCUGGCGCCUCUGCAGAGAAACACGGCCGCCACUAACUCAAGAACUACCACGGCCUGAAGCUGUGCGCUUCCCCCGGGGAUCUGAAGCCGUCUGGGUGUCAGCAGCUGGGGGAAGGAAUUGUGAUCCUGUUUCAUAAACUGAAACUUGAAAGUUUGGAAAAAAUCAGUAGUAAACUAAAAUCGGGUUUAUUCCUUUUUAUCAUUA